AUGGCAUUGAACGUACUGACCGUCUUUUCCAAUAUCUUCAAUGGGUUCUCCCAGGAUUUUAAGAAGAAAAACUUCUCACUUUAUGGUCAAUGGAUCGGAAUCUUCACAAUCUUCUUGUGUAUUGCGUUGGGAGUGGCCAAUAUCUUUCACUUCAACUUGGUGAUCAUCUUCUCCAUCAUCUGUCUUGUGCAAGGCUUGGUGGUUCUUUUCGUCGAGAUCCCAUUCUUGUUGAGAAUCUGUCCUUUGACUGAUACAUUCACCAACUUCAUCCGUAACUUUGACGACAACUGGCCACGUUGCGGCUUCUACUUGUUGAUGAGCGUGAUCCAAUUCUUGAGUUUGACGCUUCAAGCCACCUCGCUUAUUGUAGUGGCGGUGUUUUUCCUUCUUGCCAGUUUGUGCUACCUUUUCGCUGCUCUCAAGCAUCAAGAGUACAUCAAGUCCUCUUUCAACGUGGGAGGCAAUGGCACUGACUUGGAGAGCCAGGCUGCCAACCAUAUCGUCAGAAAUGUGUUGUAA